CUCUUGUCUCCUGGAGCUUCCGUGUACUAACUGAGUAAACAAGUCAGUUUGUGUAUCAGACUUCUGUAACUGAGGGAUCGACCUGAGCUCCACACCAUGGGGCGGAUCACGGUUGUGUUUUCACUGCUCUUCUGUGCCUUUGUGCCAGCUUUCGGUGGUGAACACUCUCUGUUUUACACCUACACGGCUUUGUCUAAACCUCUCGAGCUGCCUGGAAUCUAUGAGUUCACCGCACUGGGCAUGCUCGAUGACCGAGAACUCGACUACUACAGCAGUAAGACUCAGGUUAAAGUUCCUAAACAGGACUGGAUGAAGGAGAAGAUGGAAAAGGAUUACUGGGAUAAAGGAACUCAGUCCCGUAAGAGCAAAGAGCAGUGGUUUAAGGUCAACGUGGACAUCCUGAUGGAGCGAAUGAGACACAAUAAGUCUGACCUUCAUGUUCUUCAGUGGAGACAUGGCUGUGUGAUUGAAGCUGAAAACGGUAAUACUAAAUUUCUGAGAGGAAUUGAUGAGUACAGCUACGACGGCUCUGAGUUCCUCUCCUUUGAUGAUAAAAACUCGAGGUGGAUCGCUCCAGUUCAGGCUGCUGAGCCGACCAAAAGGAAAUGGGAUGACGUGUCCAUCCUUAACACGUACACCAAGAGCUACCUGGAGAAAGAGUGUGUGGACUGGCUCAUCAAGUUCAUGGGUUAUGGACAAGAAGAACUGAGAAAACAUUCUGAACCAGAUGUUCAAAUAUUUGCAAAGAAAUGUGUAAAAGACACUAACAAGUUGACCCUGUCCUGCCUGGCCACGGGGUUCUACCCUAAAGAUAUCCAGAUGUAUUUGAGGAAGGGCAGAACUAUUCUACCUGAUCACCUGGUAACAACAACAGGAGUGAGACCCAAUGGUGAUGGAACAUAUCAGCAGAGGAAGAGUCUUGACAUCCUGGUGGAGGAAAAAGAUUCUUAUGAUUGUUAUGUAAACCACAUCACCCUCGACAAACCAAUAGUCAUUGAUGGUAGAGAUGGAGAAAUCCCAUGCCUAGAUUGUACUGUACCAAAGAUUCAGGGUGGUAUCAUUGGGGGAGCGAUUGGAGCUGUGCUCACCUUGCUUGUGGUUGCAGUCGUUGUCUUCGUCCUUAAAAAGAUGGGAAUAAUCUCUUGGCAACGUAACAGCAGUUCCUCAGGAAACAACCCUGCCGAUGUGCCGCUUAAGGAUGCUAAAAAGGAAGCUGACCGCUCAAGUGCCUGUGACUCUGCACUAGGAUCCAGCAGUAAUGCCUCCAGCAAUGAGGAAAUACGUCCAAUGAUGCAAGAACAAAAUAAUCCUGAUGGAGGUGGAGAGAAUGUGUAAACUUUACAUACGUCCUGUGGAUAAAGAGUUUGAUCUUGCUCAAGUCUGAUCAUAAUUGGAUUAUUUCUUGACUUGGAAGUCAUUGAUUCAGCCUUCCAUCGAACUGUCAAACCUUCAAACAUAAACAUCUACUAAUCUAUUACAAACCUGUAGAUCUUUUUCCCCUCAGCUCUGAUCAUUACUGAAGGUAUCAGUCAUUUUCUGGGCUCUUUACAAGAAAGCACUUUUCUUUACAGCUUAAAAAAUCACAGCCUGUAAUAAUAAGCACUUUUAAUCAAUUUAGCAAAAAUGUUUUUAUGUAAAUAAGCUAAAAGCUGAUCUCUUUUUAAAUAUCCCAAUAACACUGGAUUUAUUAGCCUCAGGAGAUAAAAAGAGGUCACUGCUGAGUGCUGUAAGAAAAGUUAGAAAUGUCAGAAUAAAUUGUUAUAAAACAUUCAGGUACAGAAGAACGUGACACGUUUAUGGUAUUUGACAGACAACCUCUUCCAUAACAACAUACAUUUAUCUUAUUUUAUAAAACUGAGUGUUAAGGGCCUUGCUCAGGGGCCCAGCGGGGGCUUAGUGGACCUGGGAUUUGAACUCAGGACCAUCUGAUUGUUAGCCUAACAACUUUAACCUCUGAGCUGCCACAUCCCCUGUAGUCAUUACAAAUUAAGCAUUAAUUACAAGUUUAACACAUUGCUUAUGCUGUGAAAGCUUUAGAAAGGAGACGCAAGAUAAAGCAAGUCUGUGGGAUUGGAGUAAGUUAUAAUCAAACACAUAUUCACACACUCCUUGCCUGCUCGCUGUCUUCAUCUUCAUGGCUGAAGGUGAAAACAUAAUGAAUAGAAUAGACUUUGCUUUUUCUGUCCAAAUAAUCAGAGCUUCUAUUUCUGUAGUAAUGAAAUAAAAAUCGAUCUGAUUUCUCUAUUUUAAUCUAAUGUUGACUUUAUACUAGCAACUCAUGUGAGGUUGGUCCUUGUUAGCUGACUGCUGAGGUCCGACGUUUACUUUUCACUUUAUACUUUACUUCACUGUGUAACAAUUCAUAAUUUCACUGAUUUAUAAUAAAAGUGAAAUAUUUUAUUUGUACUUGUUUUAGAUAAGUUUUAAGUUUGUUUUUGGGACAGAAUACUUUAAGUAUCUAUGUAAUGAUAUUUUGGGUUUCUGAUGUGUAAAAUGUAGCUUUGGUGAAAUGAUUAAAUAUAUUUUUCUGAAA